UCCGACGCCCACUUUUUCCUCUGGGAUAUUCUGGCCGCGUUGCCUCCCGCCACUCUCGAGAUGCGUCGGGGCUGGCUCGAAGAAGGCGAGUUGGUUUCAGGAGAUACCCUCUGGGCCCUCUAGGACCGAGCAGCGGACGGCAUCACCAUGGCAGCCCAGAAUGGAAACACCAGUUUUGCACCCAACUUUAAUCCACCCCAAGACCAUGCCUCCUCCCUCUCCUUUAACUUCAGUUAUGGUGAUUACGACCUCCCUAUGGAUGAGGACGAGGACAUGACCAAGACCCGGACCUUCUUCGCAGCCAAGAUCGUCAUCGGCAUUGCCCUGGCAGGCAUCAUGCUGGUCUGUGGUGUCGGUAACUUUGUCUUUAUUGCUGCCCUCACCCGCUAUAAGAAGCUGCGCAACCUCACAAAUCUGCUCAUUGCCAACCUGGCCAUCUCCGACUUCCUGGUGGCCAUCAUCUGCUGCCCCUUCGAGAUGGACUACUAUGUGGUCCGGCAGCUCUCCUGGGAGCAUGGCCACGUGCUCUGUGCCUCCGUCAACUACCUGCGCACCGUCUCCCUCUACGUCUCCACCAAUGCCUUGCUGGCCAUCGCCAUUGACAGAUACCUUGCCAUCGUUCACCCCUUGAAACCACGAAUGAACUACCAAACGGCCUCCUUCCUGAUCGCCCUGGUCUGGGUGGUAUCCAUUCUCAUUGCCAUCCCAUCAGCCUACUUUGCAACAGAAACUGUCCUCUUUAUUGUCAAGAGCCAGGAGAAGAUCUUCUGUGGCCAGAUCUGGCCCGUGGAUCAGCAGCUCUACUACAAGUCCUACUUCCUCUUCAUCUUUGGUGUGGAGUUCGUGGGUCCUGUGGUCACCAUGACCCUUUGCUAUGCCAGGAUCUCCCAGGAGCUCUGGUUCAAGGCAGUCCCUGGGUUCCAGACAGAGCAGAUCCGUAAGCGGCUGCGCUGCCGCAGGAAGACGGUCCUGGUGCUCAUGUGCAUCCUCACGGCCUACGUGCUGUGCUGGGCACCCUUCUACGGUUUCACCAUCGUACGCGACUUCUUCCCCACCGUGUUCGUAAAGGAAAAGCACUACCUCACCGCCUUCUACGUGGUCGAGUGCAUCGCCAUGAGCAACAGCAUGAUCAACACCGUGUGCUUCGUGACGGUCAAGAACAACACCAUGAAAUAUUUCAAGAAGAUGAUGCUGCUGCACUGGCGUCCCUCCCAGCGGGGGAGCAAGUCCAGCGCCGACCUUGACCUUAAGACAAACGGGGUGCCUGCCACAGAAGAGGUGGACUGUAUCAGGCUGAAGUGACCCACUUGUGUCCCACAAUUGAAAACCCCAGUCCAGUACUCAGAGCAUCACCCACCAUCAACCAAGUUCACAGGCUGCAUGGGAAGCAACAUCUGUGCUCAUGUUUCCCCAGUGCCCUCAAGAAGCCGAAUGCUGCAAAGUCAUAACAUGCAAUGAGACUAGACAUGAACCACAGCAGCUGGCAUUUACUGAUAUCUGCUCAACACCUGCUGUGUGCACAAUCCCAGCAAGAUAGACAUAAGGAGCAACUGACAUGGACUGAACAUCUACUGUGUGCGAACCACACCAAUGAGGUUAGACAGGGACUGCGGGAGCUGACAUUUACUGACUACCUGCUAUAAUCGAAACCAUUUCAUUUGAUUACAAUCAAAAAAUAUUUUAAAAAAAGAACAAAAUGGCAGAAGCUAUUGGAGUCCCCAGGCUAUCUCCAGAUAUAUAGGUAGCUCACCCUCUAUCUUCCCUAAUUCUGUAUCUUAUCACUGCAGGAACCUCAAAAGGCUAUAGUCUGAGCAUGAUGGCUCAUGCCUAUAACCCCAGCACUUUGUGGGGCUGAGGCAGGUGGAUCACUUGAGGUCAGGAGUUCAACCCAGUGUGGCCAACAUGGUGAAACCCUGUCUCUACUAAAAAUAUAAAAUUAGCCAGGUGUGGUGGCACAUACCUGUAAUCCCACCUACUCAGGAGGCUGAGGCAGGAGAAUAGCUUGAACCUGGGGGUCAGAGAUUGCAGUGAGCCAAGAUUGCUCCACUGUACUCCAGUCUGGGCAACAGAGAGAGACUCUGUCUCAGGAAUAAAGAAAAAAGGCUAUAGAAGAAGGCCCUUAGACACAAUGGAAAUGUAAGAAUAAGUUUGUCGGUGUGGGGUUUACAGCAUCAUGGGAGGAGUUGUAAAUCCAUCACAUUGAACUUUCCCACCCUCCUCCUACUGCUUUCCAGGACAUUCUCUAGGAUUUUGGCUUCAAGAAAAAAACCUUAUAGUCAAGCCAGCCUGAUAUGGUUAUCCACAAUGGUGUAAUUUCAAAGGAAAGAACCUAAAAAUCACCUUCCCGUUGAUGCUUGAAAGCUUAUUUUAUUUUGGUGGAGAUGGGUAAUCUUGAGGUGUCAGUUUUUGACACCUCAGUGCAAAAGAUGUCAGGGGCUCUGGGGUCAGAGAGGAAGACGAUAGAGAAAAAAGUGAAGGUUGCCACUAGCAAUGAACAAAAUCUGAGUGGGCAUUUUACUAAGGACUGGACCACUUUCUAGAGCACACCUUCUUUUACAAAAGAAAUUCUACCUGGAAUCUAAAGACCUGGGUUCAGGUCCUAACUCUAAGACUCAUGUCCUAAACUUACGAUGUUUUCUCUCUGUAUCUCAGUUUUGCUUUAAUGAAAUGGCCAUGAUGAAAAUACUUGCUCUGCCUACCUUGCAGGACCAUUGGGAGAGCCCGUUGAAGUCAUGAUUUGUGAAUGUGUUUUUCAACUGUGCACAUGACAAGAAUGGAGAAGUAAUAUUGAACAGUUUAUUUGGAGGGAGUUUAUCUAGAAACUCCAUCCACUGUGAUUUAUUAGAGAAAUACCCCCACUUUUUCAUCCCUGUUCUUUGGACUAAAGAUCCUGAACUCUUCACAGUGUACUCUGUCUACAGUGAGGCAAAAAGGAAUCCCUGUUCUUGGUUAUAAUCAGGGAAGAUUAACCUCAGAGUCUCUGUGACCCCAAGACUCUCAGCAUCCCUAUGGUGGUCUUACAAGUGUUGACAGUCUUCCCUGCAUGUUACAAAAUAGCACCCUAGCACUGCAUAAAUAUAACUUCUGAAUCUGUUUGUAUUAUUAUACAUUUGUGGUGACUGUAGAUACACAUCCUCAUUUCUUCCUGAUUCAUUUUGAAGCGGCAGCUAUACAAAUAGUACCUGGUUUGGGACUGACCCAUCCAUAUUUGGUCAAUUCCUAAUUUUGUACCGAGAAUGAAUUAGUUGUUUGCUUGUUUUUAUUAUUUGUUGAUUUGUUUCUCCAACUGAAGUUUCAACCAACAUUUCUUUCUAUCAUCUCCCAGCAGACCCACCUUCAACCCAAUCGUUGUACCCUCACAAAAUGCAGGCUGGCACGGUGGUUCACACCUGUAAUCCCAGCACUUUGGGAGCCCAAGGUAGGAGGAUCACCUGAGGCCAGAAGUUCGAGACUACCCUGGCCAACAUGUCAAAACCCCAGCUCUACAAAAAUACAAAAAUUAGCCAGGUGUGGUGGUACAUGCCUGUAGUCCCAGCUACUUGGAAGGCUGAGGCAGGAGAAUCACGUGAACCCCAGAGGCGGAGGUUGCAGUGAACUGAGAUCAUACCACCGCACUCCAGCCUGGGCGAUAGAGCAAGACUCCAUCCUAAAAGGAAAGGAAAGAAAAUGCUGCAUUGGAACUGAAUCAUUUUCUGAUUGUUAAAAAAAAAGAAAAUGCAAAUGUACUGUAAUAUGCCUAAGCAAAACUAUUUAAUUCUGAUUUAGAAAAAUUCUUACUUGCUUGGCUUUGAAAUGCAUUAUGUAAUCACAAAAUUACAAAAUUACACAAUGCGUUUCAAAGCCAAGCAAGUAAGAAUUUUUGGUUGUCUACAUUUCUAUAAAUAUAAUAAUAAUUGUAUUUUUAUUUAUUAUUCUAUCCUGGCUUUUAGCCGAAUCAGAAGAUUCUUUAGGAAUGGACCAUGUCGAGUCUGUCAGCAGGAUCCAUCCCCCUUUUCCUUUAUGUCCUACAAGAUACCAUCUUCUUUUAUUGAAAUUUAACUGAAAAAACUUUUGUAAAUAUCAGUGUGUAUUUGUGAUUUUCCAGCGAAUAAAAGUGUAAUGUUGUUAUCCAAUUAAAUAAUUAACAUAUGGAAUUAA